GUGAGGCAGGAACGGCGCCAUCUUGGGUGAGGGCAGCCCUGAGGGGGGGACUUUGCCCGCGCUGCCUCCGGCGGGGAAUGCUGAGGGUGCCCCCCCGGGCCCUGCUGUGCCGCCCCCCAAGACCCUGGAGAGCCCCCCACAGCUCCAGCACUGCGGGCAGCCCCUCGGCCAUGGCAGAGUCCCCAGGGGGGCUGGUGGCGGUGGCACAGGUGACAUCCACGGCAGACAAGGAGCACAACUGGCAGCAGUGCUCGGCGCUGGUGCGGCGCGCGGCGGCGCGAGGGGCCCGGGCCGUGUUCCUGCCCGAGGGCUUCGACUUCAUCGGGGACAGUCCCCAGCAGAGCCUGGCGCUGGCAGAGCCACUCGACGGGGACAUCGUGGGGCGCUACCAACAGCUGGCAAGGGAAUGUGACGUGUGGCUCUCCCUUGGGGGUUUCCAUGAGCGUGGCCAGGACUGGGACAGCACCGGCCGGAUCUACAACUGUCACCUGCUGCUGGACAACUCCGGUGUGUUGGUGGCUGCCUACAGGAAGCUGCACCUGUUCGAUGCGGCGCUGCCGGGGGCCCCGGCGCUGUGCGAGAGCUCCUUCACCAACCCCGGCCGGGAGCUGCUGCCACCCAUCGCCACCCCCGUGGGCAAGCUGGGGCUGGCUGUGUGCUAUGACCUGCGCUUCCCAGAGCUGGCCCAGGCCCUGCGCGGGGCUGGAGCCCAAAUCCUGACCUUCCCCUCAGCCUUCACCGUCCCCACGGGAGCCGCGCACUGGGAGGUGCUGCUGCGUGCCCGUGCCAUCGAGUGCCAGUGCUACGUGGUGGCCGCAGCGCAGACCGGGCGGCACAACCCGAGCCGGGCGUCCUGGGGUCACUCCCUGGUGGCCGAUCCCUGGGGCACGGUGGUGGCCCAGUGCCAGGAGGGGCCGGGGCUGUGCCUGGCCCAGCUCGACCUGGCCUACCUGGAGCAGGUGCGGCGGGGGCUGCCGGUGCACGGCCACCGCCGUGGGGACAUCUACGGGGCCCUGGGGACACCGGGGACGUGACGGGGACACCGGGGACGUGACAGGGACGUGACAGGAACCCACAGCGGGUUUGGGCUCGAUCCACUCGGAAUUCACACCGGAUUUGCUUCUCUGUCCCCAGAGGGUGAUGGUACAAUGUGGCCCCCCUUUCUUUUUUGGGGGGUCGAAAUGUGCAUCAAUUCAGCCCCAAAUCUGCCCCAAAUCUGCAUCAAUUGAGCCCCAAAUCUGCAUCAAUUCAGCUCUGAAUCUGCCCCAAAUCUGCAUCAAUUCAGCCCCAAAUCUGCCCCAAUUCUGCAUCAAUUCAACUCCAAAUCUGCCCAAAUCUGCAUCAAAUCUGCCCCAAAUCUGCAUCAAUUCAGCCCCAAAUCUGCAUCAAUUCAGCCCCAAAUCUGCCCCAAAUCUUCAUCAAUUCAGCUCCAAAUCUUCAUCAAAUCAGCCCCAAAUCUGCAUCAAUUCAACUCCAAAUCUGCAUCCACUCAGCUCUGAAUUUGCCCCAAAUCUUCAUCAAUUGAGCCCCAAAUCUGCUCCAAAUCUGCAUCAAUUCAACUCCAAAUCUGCCCAAAUCUGCAUCAAAUCAGCUCCAAAUCUGCAUCAAUUCAGCCCCAAAUCUGCAUCAAAUCAGCCCCAAAUCUGCUCCAAAUCUUCAUCAAUUCAGCUCCAAAUCUUCAUCAAUUGAACCCCAAAUCUGCAUCAAUUCAGCCCCAAAUCUGCAUCAAUUCAGCCCCAAAUCUGCAUCAAUUCAGCCCCAAAUCUGCAUCCACUCAGCUCUGAAUUUGCCCCAAAUCUUCAUCAAUUGAGCCCCAAAUCUGCUCCAAAUCUGCAUCAAUUCAACUCCAAAUCUGCCCAAAUCUGCAUCAAAUCAGCUCCAAAUCUGCAUCAAUUCAGCCCCAAAUUGCCCCAAAUCUUCAUCAAUUGAGCCCCAAUUCUGCAUCAAUUCAACUCCAAAUCAGCUCCAAAUCUGCAUCCAUUCAGCUCCAAAUCUGCAUCCACUCAGCUGUGAAUCUGCCCCAAAUCUUCAUCAAUUCAUCCCCAAAUCCACCCCAAAUCCGCCUUUUUGUCCCCAAAAUGAAACAGCACAAUGUGACCCCCCCUCUGCUCUUUUUGUGGUCCCAAAUUUGCCCGAGGGGAAAUGGCACCAUGUUUCCUCCCUGCUCUUUUUGGGGUUCCCACUCCUUUUUAGGGGUCCCAAAUCUGCUCCAAUUUACACCAAAUCUGCUCCAAAAUCGGCCUUUUUGUCCCCAAAAUGAAACAGCCCAACGUGUCCCCCCACUUUUGUUUUGGGGAGUCCCAAAUCUGCUCUGAAUCUGCCCCAAAUUUGCACUAAAUCAGCACUUUUGUCCCCAAAUUGGAACAGCCCAAUCUGUCCCCCCCUAUUUUGGGCUCCCCCCAAUUUUUUGGGGUCUCCCCCAUUUUUAGGGAUCAUUGAAGGGUGACACCAGCACCUCAAAUUCCACAUUUUUACCCAAAUCUGCCCCAAAUUUGCCCUUUUUUCCCCAAAAUGGGGCAGUUUGAGGCUCCCUACACCCUUUUUUUGGGGUGUCCCCUUUUUUGGGGGAAGUUCCCCCUUUUUUGGGGAGUUUUGGGGGGUGGGGGGGAGGAAUUUCUUUCUAUUGAAAUUUGAAAAAUACAAAAAUCCCAGGAAUU